UUUCACCAGUACAAACACACACUGAGGUCCUAUGACCCUUUUUGGAAAACGGGGGCAGAGUGGGACCAUUGCUCCUGGUUAAUGUGUAACACACAAAACACACUUGCACUUUGUUUCCCCAAAUAAGAAGAAUUGGACACAAUGUUGCCCAAGAUGGACGGUGGUGCACCCAAACCUUCCCGGUCUCGAAUAACGGUGGCCUACAAAAUGAAGCUGGGAUUCGGUUUUGUGUUAAUGUGCAUCCUCGCUCCCGGGCAGCCACUUCCCCACGCAAACAUUCACAACCUCUCCUUCAAAAAUAUGGAUUUUGGUAUGAACCUUUACCGGAAAAUAUCCAGUUACCACGACGAGAAUAUCUUUUUCUCCCCUCUGAGCAUUUCCACCAGUUUCGCCGCCCUUUCCAUGGCUUCCAAUGGCGUCACGUAUGACGAGAUUCUGAAAGGACUCAGCCUGGAGAAGCUGCUUCAAGCUGAUCAGCCUGAUCUGAUCCCUAAGUUGUUCCAGAUGCUCUACGGGAACAUCACUCAGAACGGAACGAUGAUAGUGGAUCAAGGCAUGUCUCUCUUUGUUCGCCGGAAUUUCAGCAUCGAGAAAACUUUCGAGGAGCAGAUGAAGUUGUAUUUUGACUCAGAUGUGAAAAGAGUCGACUUUGAAGACACACAAAGAAGCAUGCGUCUCAUUAAUGACUACAUUAAAAACAAGACCGGGGGCAAAGUGACGGAAAUGAUCUCCAGCCUUGAUCCACUGACCCAACUCAUGAUGAUCAACACAUUUUAUUUCCAAGGCGGAUGGGAAAUGCCAUUCAAUGUCAACCAGACACACAAGGCACCCUUUUACAUCGAUAACUACAAUAUCCCACAAGUGCCGAUGAUGUACAAAGAGGAUAAAUUUGAAACGAUGGAAGAUGCUCAUCUCGGUGCCAAAGUGCUGAAACUCCCCUACCUGGAAGGCGUUUCCAUGCUCAUUCUGCUGCCAAACAAAGGAGUGGACUACAGUUCCAUUGAAGAUGAAAUCACGGCGAAAGUGUUCCUUGGUUGGAUUAAAAAACUGCGUAAAAUGAAAGUGGAAAUCAAAAUCCCCAAAUUCAAGAUGGAGGAAUCGUACUCUUUGAACAAAAUUCUCCCAGAGUUAGGUUUCAACAGUAUCUUCACUCACACUGCUAAUUUGACCGGUUUGAGUAAGGACGACGGCCUCCAGGUUUCAGAGGUAUUACACAAGGCUGUCAUUGAAGUGGACGAGACCGGGACAACCGCAGCGGCCGCCACAACAAUCGGAAUUAUUCCAUAUUCCCUACCCAGGACCUUCAUUGUCAACCGUCCCUUUUUCUUCUUCAUAUACCAUGAAGACACAAAAGCCCUGCUGUUCAUGGGAAGAGUGAUUAACCCCACUAAAAACUAGCUUUUGUGACUGAAAUUAAAUCUCAGAUUAAUAUUCUCCUGUUGGUUUACUCUUUGAAAGCCACGCCUCUCUGUGAUCUUUAAUAAAACUCGACAUAUUGUGCUUUA